AUGUCGUCUUCCCCAUUUCGUAUCCUCGAGCAUGUGGUACCUUGCCAGCAUCUCCGCGAAUACCCCGGUGCAACAGCUGAGGAUCAAGAACAGCCUUUGCAUCUGGCUGUGAAACAAUACAUCCCGCUGGAUAAUCCGAAUCCCAAACCGGGUGAUGUGACUAUCCUUGCUGCUCACGCAAAUGGCUUCCCCAAGGAGCUAUACGAGCCUCUCUGGGAGGAAAUCAAUGCCCGGUCUAAAGAAGCUGGGUUUCGGAUCCGAAGCAUCUGGAUGGCCGAUGUAGCACAAGAAGGAGAGAGCAGCGUUAUCAACGAGGACUCUCUGGGGAAUGACCCUAGCUGGUUCGACCAUCCCCGAGACCUUCUCCAUCUGGUGAACGUCAAGCGAGCAGAAAUGCCCCGGCCUAUUGUUGGAAUCGGGCACAGUAUGGGCGGCGCACAUCUCACACAGCUAAGCUUGAUGCACCCCCGAUUGCUACAUAGCCUUGUGCUCCUUGACCCUGUCAUCCAACCUCAAACAACCCAAUUAGACACCAUGAGCCUUCUAGAAAAUAAACGCCGCAUCGCCCACACUACUCAGCUUUCCACUCACCGUCGUGAUCUGUGGCCAUCGCGCCAGGCCGCCGCAGAGAGCUUCAAGCGCAGUCCGUUCUACCAAGCCUGGGAUCCGCGCGUCCUAGACCGUUGGGUCCAAUAUGGCCUGCGCGACCUACCAACAGCUAUCCACCCAUUAGACGAAAAGACCAGUACUGAGAAGAAAAGCAAGCCAGUGACAUUACGCACCCCUCUCCACCAGGAAGUCUUUACCUUUUCACGACCAAACUACAGUCACAUACCGGGGAGUAGCCAGCCCGUCAACAGAGUAACGCACCCAGACCUAGACGCAGACCAUCCACAUAACCAUCCCUUCUAUCGGCCCGAGCAGUCACGGAUAUUCGCCCAGCUACCCCACCUCCGCCCAAGUGUGCUGUACAUUUUCGCCGGCAAGUCCGACAUGUGUCUGCCAGAGAUGCGUGCAGCGAAGCUUACUACUACGGGAACGGGCUUGGGCGGUAGUGGCGGUGUUGCUUCAAGUCGAGUACGUGAAGUUUUCCUAGAAGAUUUCGGCCACUUGCUCGCCCAGGAGGCUGUGAAUGAAUGUGCUGAUGCUGCUGUUUGCUGGUUGGGGCCGGAACUGAGACGUUGGCGGGAUGAGGAGGAAAACUUUCGCUCGAGGUGGAAUAAGAAGAGCAAGAUUGAAAAGAUGACUAUUGAUGCGGAGUGGUUGAAGCAUGUGCCUGCUCCAGCUCGUCGACCUAAGAAAGAGGGAAGUAAGACUGACUCCAAGCUGUAA